UGGCGCUCACCUCCCGGAGGCAGCAGCCGGUUGCGGCGCCGCAGUGUGCGGGUCCCGGCAGAAAGGCUUCAGUAGUGGGGCGGAGGGCGGUGGAGGGGACGGCGGCGGCGGUGGGGGCGCAGUCCGGUGGCCAGGGUGUUAGAGCUGCGCGCGCUGGGGUCCUGGGCCGCAGCAGGCGGCGCGGAGUGCGGACCCCGGGGGCCAGCCGGCAUGGUGUCCCAGGUGCUGCAGCUGCUCCGGCAGGGCGUGUGGGCCGCGCUCACCGGAGGCUGGUACCACGACCCAGAGCACAGCAAGUUCACCAACAGCUUCCACCUCUACCUGUGGCUGUUCCUGCUGCUGCUGCCCCUGGCCCUGCACCUGGCUUUUCCUCCAAACGCCAUCACUGUAUUUUUUUACUGCAGUUCAGUGACUGUAUUCUUCACAGUAAUCAAACUGGUCAGCUACCGCCUCCACCUGAUGUUUGACAAGGGGGAAGUCAUUCAGCGGAAGCCCUCCGGGAAGGCGGAGAAGCCGAGCAAACACAGAGAGGCCAGCAGCGAACACGCGACCCAUCACAAGACCCCAAGCAAUCACAGGCAGAUCAGCCCUGGCAGCGGCAGCAAGAAGGACGAGGCCGGCCGGCUCUGCUCCACGCCCCCCCUGCGCUGCAGCUCCCGAGGGCGGAGUGCCAGCUCUCCCCACUCCUCCAGGCCGCUGGAGCUGCCGGCCCAGGAGACAGCGGAGGAUCUCAAAGGUGUCGUUCUGGCAGAAGACCAGCCUGCAGCACCAGCGUCCUCCACCUCCCCUGGCGCCCCAACGGAAAGCUCGCCCACUUCUAAAGCGUGUGCGCUGGAAACCAUGACCACGUCAGCCAUCCCAGCGAAACCAGCCGCGGCCCACAGAAGCGAUGCAGGGAAGGCGAGAGGAGGCGGGGGGCAGCCCCCCUCCCGCCACAGGUCCGAGGGAGGCUUGGCGGAAAAGGGCGCCUCUAAGAGGUUGCCGCACCUGUCUUUGUCUCAGCGAGAUUUACUGGAAACAGAUGUUUCUUUCCAGCCUUGGGGGAGCGAGAAUUCAGUCCGGAUUCCCGAGCCUGUGCUUGCUGCCCGGGGCUCCGCAAGGGAGCAAUUGCAGAGCAAGUCCCCUCAGGACAGCCUGAGCAGUAGCUGGCCACAGUGUCACACCGUGGUCGCCAAACCCACGCAGGAGCCGGAGGACGCCCCCCGGCAGGUGGACCCCUCCCAGAUGGUGGGUCCGCCUUCGACUCAGGAAGGGGAUGGCUCAGAGGGGGAGGUGGCCGUUACUCUCAUUGACACCUCUCAGCCCGGAGAGCCGCUGAGUGUGCACGAGCCCAUCAAAAUCGUCAUCACCAUGAGCAGUGCCCCGAACUCCAUGACCGACUUGGAGAGCUCGCUCCACCUGAAGGCGGUUGGUGCCGAGAGAACCAGUUGCAAGUCCGAGGCCGAGCCGGCUGCCCCAGGGGCAGCCAGCCCUCCCCACGUGGAGCAGCGAACAAUUCCCGUCAUCACCCUGGAGCUGUCUGAGGACGAGGGAGGAGCCGUGACGGGUCCCAAAAGCAGUGGGGGUCAGAGGACUCCAGAGACGAGGGCGGUGGAGGCAUCCUCCGCUCACUGUUUGGGCUGUGAGUCUGGGGAGGGGACAGACGCCACGAAGGACUGCAGCUCCCCCCCGGGAGACCAGCGUGAAGCAGCCCCCCUAUUCCCACCCACUACGGCCCCCGAGGCUGCGCGGGGAAAGGAGGGCCAGGCCAGCCUCGACCCAUCAUCCUGUAAAACGAGCCACGAGAAGAGACAUGCCCGGGUCCUCAGCGUGGACAGUGGGACAGAUGUCAUCUUCAGCAAAAGUUCCACAGAAAUGGUUAACGAUAAAGAGAAAACAAUGCCAACUUCCAAAUCUGACCUCGAGGCGAAGGAAGGGCAAACGCCCAACGAAUCCAACUUCCUGGAAUUCGUCUCCUUGUUGGAAUCCAUCAACACCUCCAAGGGGGUGGCGCCCAGCCAGAGGGAUGGCCCCCCAGAGCCGGACGGAGAAACCGGGCUGCUCGGAGAUAACUGCUCCCAGGAGAAACAAGAUGAACUCCUGGAAAGUGAGAAGCCCAGUGGAUGCAAUUCCAAGCAAGAAAAGCCGGACGUGCAAAGUCAAGACCACACAAGCACCAGCCCCGUGCUCUCUGAGCCCGCCAAGAUCACAGCCCUUUUCCAGGGCAAUAGACAGAGACAGAUAAUCUACAGGGUAACUUCCCAGCAAGAUAGUUCUGUCUUGCAAGUCAUCAGUGGGCCCGAAACCUCCGUGCAAGACGAGAUCUCAGUGGAUGCCAUGCACGUCUUCAUCGACGAACACGGGGAAAUUAGAUCCUGUUACUUAAAGUCGGGAAACCAGAAGGAAGGCCCUCCCCAGCGGCAGCCCUCGAACUUUGACGGCUUCUCUCACGCGGGGGACAUACAGCUCAGCUCCUCCAGCACCACCACUUCUGGGAGCCCGGACCCUUCCUCUGGGGACCCCGCGGUCAGCGCACUCCAGCAGCAGCUGUUGCUCAUGGUGGCGCGGAGGACCCAGCCGGAGAGCCCACGGCCUCGGAGCCGGGAGCUGGAGGACUCGUCGUGUUCUUCGGCACCGGGGAAAUUUAACCGAGAGCAGUUCUACAAGUUCAUCAUUUUCCCUGGCAAGUGGAUUAAAGUCUGGUACGAUCGCCUCGCCUUGCUGGCGCUGCUGGAUCGAACCGAAGACGUCAAGGAGAACGUGCUGGCGGUCUCGCUCAUCGUCCUGGUGUCCCUGCUGGGCUUCGUGACGCUGAGCCGAGGCUUCUGCAAAGACCUGUGGGUGCUCCUCUUCUGCCUGGUCAUGGCCAGCUGCCAGUACUCCCUGCUCAAGAGCGUCCAGCCUGACCCCGCCUCGCCGAUCCACGGGCACAACCAAAUCAUUACAUACAGCAGGCCAGUCUACUUCUGUGUGCUGUGCGGCCUUAUUCUGCUUCUGGAUGCGGGGGCCGCAGCCCGGCGCCCCGCCACGCGCGCUGUGUACGGCCUGCAGCUCUUCUCCGCGGGGUCCCUGCAGUCGGCCAGGGACCUCCUGAUAGUAUUUUUGUAUUGCUUCCCUGCCAUUUCCCUGCUUGGGCUCUUCCCGCAGAUCGACACCUUCUGCAUUUAUCUUCUGGAACAGAUUGACAUGCUGUUUUUCGGAGGUUCUGCCGUCACGGGGAUGACCUCGGCCGUCGCCAGCGUGGCCCGGAGCGCCGCCGUCGCCGCCAUGCUGCACGUGCUCUGCUUCAGCGCCGUGAAGGAACCGUGGAGCACGCAGCACAUCCCGGCGCUGUUCUCGGCCUUCUGCGGCCUCUUGGUCUCGCUUUCCUACCACCUGAGCAGGCAGAGCAGUGACCCCUCAGUGCUCCUGUCCUUUAUUCAAUGCAAAUUAUUGCCUAAAUUUUUACAUCAGAAUCUAGAGGAGUUGGCUGAAGACCCUCUCCCCAAGAAGAUGAAAGAUUCAGUGAAGGAUGUCUUAAAGUCGGACCUCCUUGUGUGCGCGGUGGCCGCGGUCCUGUCCUUCGCAGUGAGUGCCAGCACUGUGUUCCUGUCCUUGCGACCGUUCCUCAGCGUGGUGCUCUUCGUCCUGGCCGGCGCCGUGGGGUUCGUCACCCACUACCUGCUCCCUCAGCUCCGCAAGCACCACCCCUGGAUGUGGAUGUCACACCCCGUCCUUAAGAGCCGCGAGUAUCGGCAACGGGAAGUGCAAGAUCUCGCCCAUUUAAUGUGGUUCGAAAGACUCUACGUUUGGCUUCAGUGUUUUGAAAAAUAUGUCUUGUACCCAGCAAUCAUUUUGAACGCCCUCACUAUUGAUGCCUUUUCAAUAAGUAACCACCGGAGACUCGGGACGCACUGGGACAUCUUCCUGAUGAUCGUGGCCGGCAUGAAGCUGCUGCGCGCCUCCUUCUGCAGCCCCGCCCACCAGUUCGCGCGCCUGGGCUUCACCGCCGUCUUCUUCCACUUUGACUGCAAGGCCCUUUCCGAGGGUUUCCUGCUCGAUUUCUUCGUGGUGUCCAUCGUGUUCAGCAAGCUCGAGGACCUGCUGCAGAAGCUGCAGUUCGUCAUGGCGUACGUGGCUCCGUGGCAGAUGGCCUGGGGCUCCUCCUUUCACGUGUUUGCUCAGCUCUUUGCCAUCCCCCACUCCGCCCUGCUCUUCUUCCAGACGGCGGCCACGGCCACCUUUUCCACGCCCUUGAGCCCGUUCCUUGGGAGCGUCCUCUUCAUCACCUCGUACGUCCGGCCAGUGAAGUUCUGGGAGAAGGACUACAACACGAAACGCAUGGAUAACUCCAACACGAGACUGGUGGUCCAAAUUGAAAAGGAUCCAGGGAACGAUGACAACAACCUCAACUCCAUCUUCUACGAGCACCUGACCAGGUCCCUGCAGGAGUCCCUCUGCGGAGACCUGGUGCUCGGCCGCUGGGGGAACUACAGCUCGGGGGACUGCUUCAUCCUGGCCUCGGACUACCUCAACGCGUUCGUGCACCUGAUUGAAAUCGGAAACGGGCUCGUCACCUUUCAGCUGCGAGGGCUGGAAUUCCGAGGGACCUACUGCCAGCAGAGAGAGGUGGAAGCCAUCACGGAGGGCGACGAGGACGACCGGGGCUGCUGCUGCUGCAGGCCGGGCCACCUGCCCCACCUGCUGUCCUGCAACGCGGCCUUCAACCUCCGCUGGCUGACCUGGGAGAUCACGCGCACGCAGUACAUCCUGGAGGGCUACAGCAUCAUCGACAACAACGCGGCCACCAUGCUGCAGGUGUACGACCUGCGGCGGCUGCUCAUCCGCUACUACAUCAAGAGUAUAAUAUACUACAUGGUGACGUCCCCCAAGCUCCUCUCCUGGGUCAAGAACGAGUCGCUCCUGAAGUCCCUGCAGCCUUUUGCCAAGUGGCACUACAUCGAGCGCGACCUGGCGACGUUCAACAUGAACACCGACGACGACUACGUGCCGUGUCUCCAGGGCGUCACGCGCGCCAGCUACUGCAACGUCUACCUCGAGUGGAUCCAGUACUGCGCGCAGAAAAGGCAGGAGCCUCCAAAGGCCCUGGACAGCGACGAGGACUCCGCCCUGGUGACCCUGUCCUUCGCCCUGUGCAUCCUUGGGAGGAGGGCGCUGGGGACCGCCGCGCACAACACGGCACUCAGCCUGGGCUCCUUCCUGUACGGCCUCCACGCCCUCUUCAAAGGCGACUUCCGAGUCACGGCCCGCGACGAGUGGGUGUUCGCCGACAUGGACCUGCUGCACAAAGUCGUCGCUCCGGCCAUCAGGAUGUCCCUGAAGCUUCACCAGGACCAGUUCACCUGCCCGGACGAGUAUGAAGACCCCACGGUGCUCUACGAGGCCAUCCAGUCCUUCGAGAAGAAGGUGGUCAUCUGCCACGAGGGCGACCCGGCCUGGAGGGGCGCCGUGCUGGCCAACAAGGAGGAGCUGCUGACCCUGCGGCGCGUGGCGGACGAGGGCGCCGACGAGUACAAGGUCCUCAUGCUGCACAGGAGCUUCCUGAGCUUCAAGGUGAUCAAGGUCAACAAGGAGUGCGUCCGAGGCCUCUGGGCGGGGCAGCAGCAGGAGCUCAUCUUCCUCCGCAACCGCAACCCCGAGCGCGGCAGCAUCCAGAACAACAAGCAGGUCCUGCGCAACCUCAUCAACUCGUCCUGCGACCAGCCGCUGGGCUACCCCAUGUACGUGUCCCCCCUCACCACGUCCUACCUCGGGACCCACAGGCAGCUGAGGCACGUCUGGGGCGGACCUGUCACUUUGGAGGGCGUCCGGACGUGGUUCCGAACCAAGUGGCUAAGAAUGCGGAAGGACUGUCACGCCGGCCAGCGCGGUGGUGGUGGCAACAUUGAGGACGCGGACGGAGGGGGCGCCCCGUCCGCAGGCGGUGGCAGCGCCCCGAGUGGGGACAGCCAGGAGAGCAGCACAGAGCAGCCCAGAAAAGAGGGGGCCCGCCACUGGUCGCCCCGGGAAGGGACACGGAGCACAGGCAGGAGGAAGGGCAGGAGCCAGUCUGUCCAGUCCCACGGGGCGCUGAGCCAGCGGCCGCCCACCUUGAGCUCGUCCGGCCCGAUCCUGGAAAGCCACCAGGCCUUCCUGCAGACGUCCACGUCGGCCCAUGGGCUGGCGCCCAGGCUCUCGGGCAGCCGGCUCUCCCUGCGCACCUCGGCCGCGUCCCUGCACUCCCAGCCCCCGCCCGUCGCCACCACGGGCCACCUGAGCGUCCGCGAGCGGGCCGAGGCUCUGAUCAGGUCCAGCCUGGGCUCGUCCACCAGCUCCACCCUCAGCUUCCUGUUCGGCAAGAGGAGCUUCUCCAGCGCCCUGGUCCUCUCUGGGCUCUCGGCCGCCGAGGGGAGCAACACCAGCGACACCCAGUCCUCCAGCAGCGUCCACAUCGUGAUGGGCCCCUCGGCCAGGGCCGCCAGCCAGGCCGCACGGCACUUCUCCGAGCCGAGCGAGCCCACCGACGCCGAGCGAGGGCAGCUUCGCGGCCGCCGCCUGGCCGAGGCCGUGGCUGAGGGCCUCGGGGUGGUCUGCCGGCGAGCCAGCCAGGAGGACAUGGGCCUAGACGACACGGCUUCCCAGCAGAGCGCCUCGGACGAGCAGUAGGGCUGGGGGCGCCCCUCGGUUGGGGGGCACCGAGUCCCCCAGCACCGCCUCUUCCUGUUCCUCCUUCCUGCUGCCCCCAGACUGAAAAUACUGUCAUCCACGCAAGGCCCUUUCCGUGGACAAACGAGGGCUGUCGCAGAAAACUUAGUAACUUUAUCUCAGGUUCUUGAAACACGUCUCACGUGAUG